ACAAGAAGGCUGGGUGGUUGGCUGGCUGCUGCUGCUAGAGUUCCCUGGGUAAACUGAAUUCAGUUUCGCUACUGGGCCCUGGGACACGGGCGGCCAAAGCAAUUUAGAAGAGCAGGUUUUCGCUUCUCAAUCCCUCCCUGGCUUUUUUAGGCUUUGGGGUCAGGGUCGGGCUAGCUUCAGAUUUUCUUUUGUUUGCUCCGCCUGGGGCGGUUCACUGAAUCUAUCCGUCAUUUCAACUAUUUUCCUUAAAUUUAAAAUAGGGAUGCACUCGGCAGCCCUUCGCGUCCCAACAGGUUAAUCUGGACAUGAGAUCGGGUGAAGAAGGGAAAGAGCGCGGGAAAUCAUAAAGUCCAUGGCUGGGAGGAAGGUUGGCCUGGGCCGGCCACAGCUAGCCAGGCCCCGGAAGACAAUCAGGAGGCGCCCGCGAAGCCCGGAGCCCACCCUCGCUGCCGCCAGCGAAGCAAACCUCCGCCAACAGAGGGCGCUCUGGGUCCCGCUCCAACUCCGCGUUCUCGCGGGGGCCCCGCGCACGCGGCUCGCGCUGGCGCUCUCCCGGAAGAGACCUGCGGCGGCCAGCGCGGGAGGGAGCGGCGUGCGCACUGGGUUGCCGAGCUUCCGAGAUCGAGACAGAACUGUAGCAUGGAGGGCGAGAGGACGUCAGCGAUGCUCUCGGGCUUCGUGUUCGGCUCCCUUGCUUUCCAGCACCUCAACUCCAAUGCUGACACGGAAGGUUUUCUCCUUGGAGAAGUGAAAGGUGAAGCCAAAAACAGCAUUACAGACUCUCAAUUGAAUGAUGUUGAAGUUGUUUAUACAAUCGACAUACAAAGGUACAUUCCAUGCUAUCAGCUUUUCAGUUUUUAUAACUCAUCAGGUGAAGUAAAUGAGCAGGCGCUGAAGAAGGUCAUCUCAUGCUGCAAAAAGAAUGUAAUUGGAUGGUACAAAUUCAGGCGUAAUUCAGAUCAAAUGAUGACAUUUCGAGAGAGAAUUCUUCAUAAAAAUUUACAAAAACAUCUCUCAAAUCAAGGACUUGUUUUUCUGUUACUAACACCAAGCAUAACCACAGAAAGCUGCUCCACUCAUAGGUUGGAUCAUGCAUUACAUAAGCCUCAGGAAGGACUUUUCCAUAAAAUACCUUUAGUGGUGACCAACUUAGGUAUGUCAGAACAGCAGGGAUAUAAGACUGUGUCGGGUUCCUGUACGUCUACUGCCUUUGGCCGAACAGUCCACGCACAUAGGUCAGAAUUUUUUAAUGAAGAUGGAACUUUAAAAGAGGUACAGAAGAUAAGUGAACUGUAUGGCACUAUACAGGAAGAAUUAAAGGAAAUAUGCACUCAAGUAUUAGACAGUGAGCAAUUAGUAGAAAAAUUAAUGAAGGAGGUAAAUAGACUAAAAGAGGAACUUGCAACAAGAAAGAGAGCAAAGACUCUAGUAUCAGCAGUAAGAAGCCAAGACCCAGCAGCCGAAGAGAAUGUCCUUCUCUGUCAAGCUUUACGGACAUUUUUCCCAAGUCAUGGAUUUCUUCAUUCACGUAUUGUCUGUUUAAAAGGCAGGCAGAUUUCUAGAAAUUGCUGUAACACUGACCAUAAGCUCAAUCUGGUGAGUGAAUUAACUCUGAUGCUGGAAAGCCCUGAUUUUCCAGAAGAAGAUGGAACAAGAUGUGGAAUGAAGCGUAAAUCUCUUGAGUUGGAGAACCAAAGACCAUUCAAGAAAGCAAGGCCAUUACAACAUCAGAAUCAAUCCCUUAAAAAAGAUCAUGAAAACAGUGAUGAGGAAAAAGUACUGACAAGCAGUAUAGAAACAGAUGAUGAUGCAGAGAAAUUGAAGAACAUCACUGAAUAUCCAGAGUCGCCAACUUUCUGAACCUUUUAUACAGUUUUUCUGAUUGUCCCUACUGACCAAAAGGCAACAGGAAAAAAAAAGUUUACUGUUUGAAAAUGCAAAUUGGAUAAGUUCUAAUAAUUUUCUAAAGUAUUGCUUCCUAUAAAAUGUUUCGGAAAACUAUUUCUACAUUAGGAAUGUGGUGAUAUUUUUGUUAAAAUACUCUAGGAGUAUGGCAAAAAUUACUAGUCAUUUUUCAGUUGUGUUUUAGGAAGUGGUUGGAUUUUUUUUUUUUUUUGUAAAUACAAUUUUUCACUGACACUAUCCAUGGACUUUGUAGAUGAAAUAUUUCUGUAAAAAGUCAUCCUAAAAGCUGAAGCUUUCUUUUUUACUUUGUUCUGAGAAAUAGAGACCACACUUAAAUUUCAAAACAACUACCCAAGUUUUCACUGUAUCCAUUUCUUGCCACCAAAUUGGCUAUCAGAUUGGUAUUCCUAAAGCCCAAGCUAGUCCCCAAUCAAGAAGUUCUUGUGCCUACCUUUUGUGUCUGUGUAUGUAUUGUUUCUUCUCCCUUGCAAGCACUUUUGGUGUGUAUCUUUUGAGCCCAACAGUGUCUCUCACAUAGUAGGUACUUAAUAAAUGGUUGCUGAAAGAAUGAA